GGCCAAUCAGUGAGCGAGCAGGCAGGGGGGCGGUGUCAGUCAACGCCACUGUGCAGCACGUGUGUGUCACCGAGCUGUGAGUGACAGCUGCAGAUUCGGCAUGGAGGGGAGCAGCAAGGGCAGGAGGAGGGAACCCGAGGGCUUCCAGGAUGGGCCAAGUCUGGAGUUUGAGUACAAUGAUUCUGACCACUUGUCAGCAGAAUUAUCAGAACUGUACAGCUACACAGAGGAGCCAGAGCUACACCUUAACCGCAGGUGUUUUGAGGAAAAGUUUAGACUCCAAGGAGAGGAGGCCAGAUGGAAAUCUCUGGGUUCAGCUCAGCACAGAGCUCAUGUCAUGCGCCUCAUUGAUGAGUUAGAGGUGGUGAUCAGGGAGAAGCGACUCUCUGCUGCCAGAGCUAUUUUGUACUUAGCACAAGGAGUGUUUGGAGAGUGUGAAACGGAAUCUGAUGUUCUACACUGGUCCCGCUAUAACUGCUUCCUGCUAUUUCAGAUGGGUACAUUUGCUGUCUUCCUGGAAUUGCUGAACAUGGAGAAUGCGAACAGCCAAGCAUGUAGUAAGGCUCUGAGGAAACCAGCUCUAUCUUUAGCUGACAGCACUGAGCUCAGGGUGUUCUUGAGUGUUAUGUAUCUACUGGUGGAGAACAUAAGGCUGGAAUCACCAGAAGAUAAUACAGAAUGGAAAACGCAGAGGGAAACGUUCCGCACAGAGCUUGCUUUCCCAUCUAAUGAUGAAGAACCAUUUGCUCAUCUCCUUUUCACAAUGGUAACCAAAUUCUGCAGUGGUCACUCUCCUCAUUUUCCUAUGAAAAAGGUCCUUCUGCUGCUUUGGAAAGUGCUACUGUUUACACUAGGAGGAUUUACAGAGCUGCAGAGGACUAAGGAGCAGAAGAGAGCUGAAUUGGGUCUCCUACCAUUAUCUGAAGACUGCAUCCAAGUAAUGAGGAACAUGAAAGCCACAGCCCCACCAUCUUAUGGCAUUGAAUUAGGGGAACAGCCAAAACGUGGGCGUCGCAGCCGGAGGGACAGCCUGGAUCUAUACAAUGAGAAAGAUCCUUUCAAGAAUGAAGAAUCUACUGGAGCAGAAGAAGAAGAGAAUGAGGAUUCAGAAAAUAUGAUGGACACGGAGUCUGAUGUACAAGAGCGGGAUCUUAUGUCACAGCCUUUAUCUGCCCUCAGGAAUCAUAUGGAGAUGGUGUGCUUCCCUAAGGGCCUUCCUUGGGCACCCAAAGUAAGACAGAAAGACAUUGAAGAUUUCCUGGAGAUGAGUCGGAACAAAUUCAUUGGGUUCACCCUGGGACAUGACACAGACACAUUGGUGGGAUUGCCCCGUCCUAUCCAUGAGAGUGUGAAAACUUUAAAGCAGCACAAGUAUGUUUCAGUUGCUGAUAUCCAGAUCAAAAAGGAAGAAGAAUUGGAGAGAUGUCCCAUGUCACUGGGAGAAGAGGAGGUGGAGGAGACUGCAGCAGAGUGUCUGUACAGGGCCAUGUUGUUCAACAUACCUCAGUACAUGAUUGCCCUACUGAAGAUACUCCUGGCAGCUGCACCCACUUCAAAAGCCAAGACUGAUUCCAUUAAUAUUCUGGCCGAUAUCCUUCCUGAGGAAAUGCCGGUAACUGUACUGCAAAGCAUGAAGCUAGGAAUAGAUGUGAAUCGCCACAAAGAGAUCAUUGUGAAGAGUGUGUCUGCCCUGUUAUUGCUGCUGCUGAAACACUUUAAGCUAAACCACAUCUACCAAUUUGAGUACAUCUCCCAGCACCUGGUGUUCGCAAACUGCACUCCUCUGAUCCUGAAAUUCUUCAAUCAGAACAUUAUGUCCUACAUCUGUGCCAAGAACAGUAUUUCUAUUCUGGAUUUUCCAUCUUGUGUUGUCCAUGAGUUGCCUGAGUUAACAGCUGAAAGCCUGGAAUCAGGAGACAACAAUCAGUUCUGCUGGAGAAAUCUAUUUUCCUGCAUUAAUCUACUGAGGAUCCUAAACAAGCUCACUAAAUGGAAGCACUCCCGCACCAUGAUGCUGGUGGUGUUUAAAUCUGCCCCCAUUUUAAAACGUGCCCUAAAAGUAAAGCAGGCAAUGAUGCAGUUAUAUGUGCUAAAACUACUGAAGCUCCAGACCAAAUACCUGGGUAGACAGUGGAGGAAGAGCAACAUGAAAACAAUGUCUGCUAUCUACCAAAUGGUGCGCCACAGAAUGAACGAUGACUGGGCCUAUGGCAAUGAUAUAGAUGCCAGACCUUGGGACUUCCAGGCUGAAGAGUGCACCUUGCGGGGCAACAUUGAGAGUUUUAACAGUCGGAGAUAUGAGAAGGAUCCAAAUUGGGAGUUUGCCCCAGUAGAUAACUGUUUGCAGAGUGUUGUGGGACAAAAUCUUGACCUCCCGGAAGAUUUUCAUUAUACAUAUGAGCUGUGGCUAGAGAGGGAGGUGUUCUCUAAUCCAAUUCAAUGGGAAGACCUUCUCCAAUAUUCCUGACUAAUGAAUGUACAUUGUAGGUAAUGUCAGUCCUUUUUUGGUCCACUGUUUGUUUGGAUUAGAGCAGACAACACAAACACUGUCACAGAAAACUUUCAUAGUGGCAUUAUAAGGAGCAGUAGGAGAUCUGUAGAUCGGAAUAAGUUUAACCCUAUCAUGUUUCACCAACUUUGCAGGGAUUCAGUAUGAAGCUAAACUGAGAUACAGUAGCAGCAGAACUAAUCCUGCAAUUGGACACCUAGCUGCCUACUUAGGAAUGAGAACAGCUCAGACUGCUACCUCUACAUAGCAAGACAGCAUUAUUAUAAACUUGAAGAAUACAGUUGUACUUCCUGAAGGAGUUUUUUGGUUUUAGCCAAUAAAGCUUAUUCAAUGUAUAGGGAAAAUUUAAGUACUUUAUGUAAGAAUUCCUUGUGGUUUUUAAGAUCUCAGCGUCAUUGAAUGCUGGUCAUGUGAUAAUCAUUUAGCAGCAUGGAUCAUUACAAUAUGUGCGUCACAUAACCCGGUCAGAUUUUCAUCCCCGAAAGAAAAGCAUGAAAUUCACAAACAAUGACUAAAAGCCAAGGUCUGGAACACUAUGGGGGUUUAAUACAUAUACAUAUAAAAGAAAAUAGCAAAAGAUUAAAAGGGGUUAUCCCAGGAUUAAAAGUUAACCUCUAGUCACAGGAUAGGAGGAUAACUAGCUGAUGAGUGAACAUCUGACCACUGGGACCUCCACUGAUCAUGAGAAUAGAGGUGAAUUGUCCCACAAGUAAAUGGAGUAGUAAUGCACGUGCUUAGCCACUGCUCCAUUUAUGGUCUAUGGGAUUUCCGAAUAGAGCAGAGUUCAGUAUUCAACAAUAUUUGUAAGUCCUUUAAAGAAUGAAUGGAGUCGAGCAUGCAUGCUGCUGCUCCAUUAAUUCGGGUCACUUCAUCUCCAUACUUGUGAUUUGUUGGAGUUCCAGUGGUCAGAUGUCCACCGAUCAGCUAGCUAUCCUUCUAAUGUUUAAUCUUAGGAUAAGCCAUUUAUUUGCAAAAACUGGUAUGCCCCUAAAAUAUAUUUGUUUCACAUAAUAUUACAGUCUUAUUAUUAUAUAGUCUUACAAAAGCUGUCAAUAACCAGCAUUAUUUGUAGGAGGUAAAUGAGAAAAGUUGUGGAAAUUACGUAUUCGCCAUUGCAUUUUGUUUCUAACAGUGAUUCGUUAAUUUUAAAUCAUACAUCACCUCAUAGACUUCACUGAAAAGUCUUUAUUAUACAGUAUUUUGUAAAGAUACAAUAAAAAUGAACAACCCCUAUCUGCCAUUGAUAAACUAACCAUGGGAAUCCUUCUGCCAACACCCCCAUCUUACCAUCAGCUGUAAUUUCUGGGGCAAGUAAAGUAGCAAUGAAGCAUUAAAAUCAAUGGAAUGGCCCUAUAUUGCAGACAAUCCAGGUCAUGAAACUCUUUGUAGGAGCUUUCUGAUUUAAAGGAGUAGUCCAGUUAAGAAAGAUUCUGUGCCAUCAUCCUCGGGCUGUCUGCAUAUAAAAUUACAAAGUGGACUCGCCUGCCACCGCUCCCUCAGUGUCCCAGUAUUGCUGCUCCAGUCCUCCAUUGCGGUGGUGUUCCUGGUUGCCGGUGGUCAAUGCGUCAAACUGUGGUUCAACUUAUCACCGGCCUCAGCAAUGUCCUGCUGCAGCCCACAAUAGUCUAAGCAGCAAUGUGUUGCACAGACCACCGGCACUGGUCCCCUUUCUGGUGCCAGGGCUCGAUGCAUCUUACUGCCACUCAGCCUAUUGCUGGCCAAGGCAGGACAUCUCUGAGGCCGGCGAUAGGCUGAGCCACAGUGUGACACGUUGACCACCAGCAAAUAGGAAGAAGACCACAUCGGAGGACUGGAGUGGUGAUACUGGGACACCAAGGGAACGGCAGAAGGGGAGUCUACUUUGUUAUUUUAUAUACCAGCAGCCCUGGAAUGACAGCACAAAACUUUUCUGAACUGGACUACUCCUUUAACAUAAAUUGGUCCAGAUCAAUAUGCACUAAUAUGGAAAGGGCUUGUCUAAAGCAGACAGGCUCUGUAAAGAGGUUGUUACCUGAAAAGGUUAUCAGCUAUUGACAGGACCCCUACCGAUCCCAGGAACGGGACAAGAGUGUCUCCAGAAUGAAUAGCGUGCACUGCACAUGUGUGGCCAAUGCUCUGUUCAUUCUCUAAGGGACUGCUGAACAUUGUCAAGUUUAGUGACCCCAUAAAGAAUGACUGGAGCACUAGAUUGUGCGGUGCACACAGUUCAAUUUAGGGACAGUUUUGUCCGCAUUCUAAGGAUCGAUAAAGGUCCCAACAGUCAGAUAGGAAUACCCCUUUAGGAUAUGUAUCUCCUGCUGGAAAACCUAUUUCAGAAUUUAUCAAUAAAGCAUCAUUUUAAUGUGACACGUACAAAACCUUGGGGCAGUUGUGUCUCGCCUCACCGCACAGUAUUUUUUUUUGUUUUCUGUAUUUAAAAAAUAUUCAUGGAUUAUACCAAAAUGUCUACAGUUCUUUUAUUUCAUUUGUUAUCAAGGAUUUUUAUGUGAAAUGAAAAAUAAAUUAACAA